AUGUCAUCCGGUAGCGAAUGGGGGCGGUCGUCUUCUCCCCAAUACUUUGGAGGACAAUAGUCUUUUGUUCUAAAACAAUGAUUAAUUGUGACGUAAUCUUAUCAAAACAACAGGCUUGCCCUCACAUAUUUUACCAAGUGUGCCCCUGUGCAAGUUUAUGGGAUGCGUUCUCCAAAUAGUCACAAGAGAUAUGCUGCAUUUGCUUUUAGUUAAUUUUUGAAUGAAAAUUUGAGUUGAAGUACCACAUUUGCAACUUUCCAGAACACUGUCUAAAGCUUGUGGAAUAUUCUUCAAAGUAAGACAUCGCUCCCGCUCGUUUGUUAUUGUCCCUAUGUAGCUCACAAUUUCCAACAUAUUUCAAAUGUUUAAUUAUGCUUGGGAUCUUGCUACAAGUAUUCCUUCUGAAAAAUGUUUUUAGAACUGUUGGCUUCCACCAUGACUAUGCUUCCAUGGAGUGUUUAUGUCUCUUUCAGCAAUGGCUUUUUUCCUAGUGCCCGUCAGAGCACCUGUCCUUUCUCCCAAAUAUUUCGCGUCCGUAUGAUACAUCUUUACCAUCGUCAUAUGAUGCUUCUUGAUUUCAAACAUCACCGGCCGGCUGCUCAGUGCCCAUUUUUUCAUUGGUUACUGUCUUCUUGUCCUUCUUCCUCGGCCGGUGUCAUCUUUUCUUGCAUUAUGUUCACACUUCCUAGAUCUUGCCUGUUUUAAUUAAGCAAUUACGCUUGCUUUCCCUGAUAAUCUAAUUUCUUCGUUUAAUUCAAGUUGUCAUUGGUAGAUAGAGCUCAAAAUCUCAUUGUACAACAGACAAAUGACUUUCUUGGAUGGAUGAAAAAGUAAAAGUUGCUCUAAUAUCCAAUGUUUUUAUUGAGAAACAAUCAAAUCUGACCCAAAGAAGAUUUAGUGUAUGAUCAAUUUAAUCAGUGUUUGGUGCUGAGUUUCACAGUUCAAAUCUUUUGAAUUAAUCAUAUUUGUCGAAUUUGGGGUAUAACAUUUUUCCAAACUAGGGAUUUUUGUACAUUGACUCUGAGCUUCCUUGCCGUGUUUUAACCAAAGCUGCACGCCAUCUGUAAAUAUUCACAUCACUGACUCAGUCAAUAUGCAUUUCGCAAUUCAAUAGCAAGACGCACAUUGCAUCAUCUGCUGGAAAAUAUGCUCCAUACAUUUUUCAGCUUAAUAGCGCAUCAAAAAUCUAGCCCAUUGUGUUGUGUACAUUGGUCAUCCAUGCGUUCAAAUGAUGGUACAAGUAUUUUUGCAAUGAAUUUUGAUUUUGAGAAAGAAUCUGUACGUGGGUUUAGCAGAACUUCCACUGAAAUAAAGACUUCGCCUCAAUUAUUUUGCUUGGGUUUUUCCAAGUUAAAAUCAGGCUUUGAUUCUAGUGUAGAUACACUGUCUGAUCUAGAAUGGCUAAGUUUUGUUUGACCGGUCUAAGGUAUGUUAAGAAUGUCGGACUAUAAACAGGCUCUUCACUAGCAGCCUAGCUCUCAAACGGAUCGAAACUUUUACACGAUUACCGAAAGUAUAUAUCUCUAAGAAAAGCCACAACACGAGAUGAGAUAAAGGUUGAAUAUGCUGACAAAAGUGAUGAUUAUGUUCCACUCAAGUUAGUAGAUUGCAAAGAAGUCAAGCUAAUGUCGAGUACUUUGAAUCUGCUUUUGAUGCUGCAAAGUGCUUGAUGUAAAAUUCAUCUAAUACUGUAUUUUUUUCGUUGUGAUGAGGCGAAACAAAUAAAUUAUGAAACCGAAUUGUCUAGUUAUUAGGUUCCUGAGAGGCCACCAUAGCAAAAGAUGAGUCUAUGAAUAAAAAUUCAAAUUCAAUUUUUUUUGUCCAGAUUUCAUCUUGCUGCUUGUAAUACUACAUGCACCAAGAGAAGAGUCGUUCGAAAAAUCUACUUUAAAAUUUAUUGUUGGAAACAUGCAAGCCACACCCAAUGUCACACCCAUUACUCAGCAAAUUUACCCCUCACAAUUCAUCCCCCCCCCCUUUUUCCUUCCAAGUCCUCUAGUGAUGUUGUGGUUCCGUCCUGUAAAGUAUGGAUAAUCUGUUCUAUAAUUAACGUUGUGCUAAAGCGGAUUGGUGAAUGCUUUCGUUAAAUUAUUCCAACACACUGAAAUAAUCAGUUUAUGAACGAUUUCUAUCAGCAUUGCGUGAUCUCUCAUCAGAUAGAAAGUAGUUUGAGAUUAAAUACAAGCUGUUUCGCUGAUUUUGGGAUACUCACACAAGCAUUGCACAUUCAUUCUAGAGCACUGCGUAGCUACGGUAGAGCCACUUUGUGGGCUCAUAAAUCAUCACACCUUCAUAUUAUUGCUUUGGGAAACCUCAUCCCUCUGAACAAGGCUUUAUGCACUAAACAUGAUUCAUUAUUCAUUUAUUUAUAUAAAAUGAGGUAUAAUCUGUUACAAAAGGCACUGAGAAGCAGAAACGUGCAUGUUACUAUAAACGCUUUUUGAUAAGAAACUUGGAUCUGGACUAAGUACUAAAAGUUUCUCAAUUUGGCAUUCAAAUUUGGGCGUUUUAGCACAGAAAGUUUCUUAGUUGGUUUCUUAUUUCCAGGACCUAAAACUGUCUUAUUGUUUUGAAGUUGGGCAUUUUGGGAAGAAUAUAAACGCAGACGAUCACGAAAAGACCAUGCAGAUAAAGGAUAUGCUAUCUUUUCCAAAGAAAAAUCAACAAAAUAGAAUCUAGUGGCAAAAAAUUAGUUAAAACGAUCUACAGUAAGAUCAUCUCUACAUCAUCAAUAUCAUAUCAUUAAGAGUUUUCUACCUUUCGUAGCCGUCUCUUAAAAGAACUCGGUACUCAUUCUUGACUCAUUUUUCAAAAAUAGAAAUUUUACAGUUUAUUAAUUUUUCUUGAGGCUAACAGUAAAGUUUCUAAUUUUUUGCCAGUAGUUUCUUAUAAACCAGUUUCUUGUAAAGAAAAAGCGUGUACCGCAUUCGAAGAAAAGCUCGGGGCAUCCUUUCUUGAUAUCAUUCUUUCGUUUGGAUGUUAAAUGAGGGGGCGUUUCUCUUACUUCGCGUCAGAGCAAAGUAACAAUAGCAUAAAAAAUAGCGCAACUUGCUUUCUUAUCUUCUUUAACGAAAUAGAAUCAACAAAAAACAUCAUAAAAAUGUAAAAUAUUUUCAACUUUGCGCCGAAAUACUCCAAUGUUUCAAAAUUUAAGAAACCGGAUUGUAAAGAAAGUUUUCUGUUGGAAACGUACUGAAAUAACUUAAACUAUAUUUCCUUAACUAAGUUGAUUUUCUUUUCUCCAUGAAUGGACAUCUUAUGAGUGGGCGUUUGAAAGAAUGAUGCGUUUUGUCGAAGUAAAUGGGGUAUGUAUUUUGGUCCGUAAUGGUGAAUCUGUUUCCUUGAACCUGUUAAGAGUUAGAACCUGGUAAGAGGUUUUACACGUUUUUGUUACAGGACAUACGUGGCAUUUGAACAGCAUUCUAGUUCCUCAACCUAAAGGAAUUCGAAGUUUUUAAUAAUUUGUCAGUUAAUUCUUGUGCAUUUUUAAAGUCUAAGCCAGUGAAGAGUCACUUAUCGGUCCAAUUCUCUAAAAAGUGGAUAGUGGCUCGUUUAAAAUCAAUUCAGAAAGUAAUUCCAAACUUUGAAUGACAGGCAUAUGGCAAAUUGUAAGUAAUCUUUAAGCUUAUGAUGACCUUUGAAGUAUAGAAGUUUGAAUUUCCGCCAGCUUCAUAGAACGAUGUUCGUUUGCGUGAAAUUUCAAAGUUUGUACCAUGUCCAUGGCCACGGGGUGGACUGGGAUGGACUUGUCCGGGACACGGGCGGGUUGGUGGGAUUGAUCAGAUCGAUUUCCAUUUUCGUGUUUUCAACAAAAAUCCCUCUUUACAAAGAAUGCUGCUUGAGAAAUUUGCUUCUCCAAAAAUGUUCGGAAUAGGUAAAAAUAUUAAACAAGGCAUUUCCCGCAUUUUCUGAGAGCCUGAAUGGCGUGGUUAAAGAAUUUUCUUGUCAACCCCAGUUUUUCGGGGUGGCGACGCCCCUGACCAUGUUUGGGUGAAGACUAUAACUUCUUAAAAAGAAACUUCUUAAUGCAGGUCCUUGAACAAUAAUUACUUACAUUUGUUACGAGCAUGCCGUCUUUGCGAAAUGAGGACAACCAUUUAAAAAGCCUUAUGUACACUAUUGACAGCCGACUCGUGGAUCCUUGCCUAGCGCUAGACAAUGGUAUUUUCUUUUUAGCUUGAAAGAGAGAUUUUCAGACUGAUCCAGCGAAACGGGGUACCUUUGCGGACCACCCUUUUCCUUGCCGAAAAGCUUAAAAUCUUUUCGGAAAAGAAAACGAAAUUGAGUUCUCUGGGAACCUGUCCUUCAAGUGAAUUGUUUUAAUUUUUGCAAGUUCUCAUAUGAUCUUAGAUGUGGAGCAAAUCUUUAGCGCUUGGUGAAUAGUUGUUUUUGAAUAGAUUAAAACCUGUCUUUGUUUUGGACAUUUUCAUUCAUCGUACUAUUUUUCAGGCGUACUGAAAAUCUACGCGCUUUGAAGUUCGCCAAUACAGCUGCUUUAUUCCGGCACAGUUUUGAAUUCGCAAAUGCAGCUUUAAUUUCAUUUCUUUUUAAUUAUUCAUACAAUAUGACCCCUAAGAUAUAGUGUUUGUUUACAGGGGGCACUUACGAUGUUAAUAUUAGAAUUAUUACGAUUUUAAUAUUGAAACUAUUGCGAUAUUAAUAUUAAAAUUUUCGUAUCAUAGAUUACAAUAUAUAAAAGGUUAUUUGCCGUUGUCUAAAAUAUAGGAAUAAUAUUUUAUAAGACGAAAGUAAAUAAUGCAUAGGUAAUCAAUGAUCGGUAAAUAAAUUUUCUCCAAAAACACUACUUUCAAAUUUUUUUUAAGUGGGUCAAACGUCCUAGAAGAUUGUAUUUCUCUAGGUAAAAAUGUUGAAAUUAUUGUCACAAUCAAUUUUGUCAAUAUUUUGUCUUUGAUCUUGGAGGUCUCAAACAAAAAUUUAGAGUUACCUUGAGAUUAAUCUGUUAUAGAAUUAAAGAAGGGAGUUUAUAAAACUGCUCUUUAAGUUCCUUUUUUGAUUAUACCAUGCUAGGCAUUUGAAGCUCUUUUAGUAAGGGCGCAGCUUGCUCAUCGUAUGCACUAUUUGUUAAAUUUUGUUUGCCUCGAUAUUGCAGUUAGUCAAGGGUGCCAGGCCGCUCAGUAUACCUGAAAUAUGGCCCACUUAGUCACAGAAGUGGUUGGCUAUAGUCUGUCCUGUUGAUAUAUUUUCGUCCAGUUUUUAAUGUGCCAAUGCAGCUGCUAUAUUUGCAAUCUGUGCGGGUAAAGUCAAAUUAAACUUGAGGCCUGAAAUAAGAUCACCUGCUAACUUGAACGAUAUUGUCGUGAAAGUACGAAAGUCGGCACUAACUCAACCUUGAUUAAAAUGACCAGCAUUAUCAGCUUGUAAAAAAUUUAGUGAUUGAAAUGACUGGUAUUGUUGGUCAAUUGUAAAAAAAAUUAAACCUAGAAGUUAAGUUCUUACAGUUAAACACAUCUGACCAAUGUACCUGAGAUUACUUAUUUUGACGAAAUGUGGAGAGAGUAAUUUCUCUUUCUACGAGCUCACUCUCUUGUCUAAAAAAAUAGUGACCAAGUCGUGCUCACCACCAGUUCUUCAACUUGAGAGGACAUUUCCUGACGAGAAGGAAAUUUGGGCAUUUAUAAGAAGAUGAGAAUGAAAUAGAAACUGGAAAGAAAGUUAAAAAAAAUAUUUAAAAGUUGGAAAUUUUAAAGAAAGUUGAGAAGAGGAUUAACAGUUCAAAAUUUUCCUUGCACGUCCAUUCUGGUUUAAGAAUGUGACUGAUAUAAGUUUAAAAAAAUCACUUAUACAGAUGACACUUGAAAUUUAUAACAGCAAAUUAUCAUAAAUGAUAGUGCCGUUGUUCUCAGGUCAACUUUCAAGAACCGAGUUUGCUUAACUCUAUAUUGCAGAAUAGUUUGACGAAAAGUUUGCAACCUAUUUUACUUUUUUUGAGCAAUUUUCCCAUAAACAUAUGUGGAAAAAGAUCAGAAAAAAAUUCUAAUUUCAGGGAAAGGAAUUUGAGCACAGAGAGGGAAUUUAAGGAAAUCAUAUUUUUGGAAAGUAAAAUCAAUGCACACCACGUGACGUUCCGCAAGUUUGAAAAAAGGUCAUUUUAUGGAAAAAUGAAAGAAAUGAAGCAUUGAUUUUGGCUUAACUUCUACAUUAUAUGGCUGUUGUUAUCUGUUCGUUUUUGUUGGCUAACUUCUUGCAAUCUAAGAAAACAUUGAAAAUAAGCAUCGCAAACCGUUUCUCUAUGAUCCCAGAUUUUAUUUUGUACUUUGUGGCGUGCUUCUUCACUGGUCUAUUCUAUCGUGAAUUCAUGAGAAAAACUACAUGUGCUUUUAUCCAGCCAACAAACUUUAUCUAAUGAUCAUCUACUUAGAGUCGGCCCCUUUGUCGGUAGGCGAUUUCCUUGUCACGUUAUGUAUUCCCCUUGUGCCCUGAAAAAACAGGAAGAGAAGAGGCUUUAUCGUGAGAGCUACCACUUCUUCCCAGUGGCUUUUAUCAAGUCGCAAAACCCUUUAUAGCAAACAUAGUUAGAAAAUUACGCGAAUGACCGUUGAGCAGAACGAAGUACGCGAAAGACCACUGUAUAAGCGCAGGCAAAACUAAAUGACCACAAGGAUAAAAUUAUCAUUUUACAAUCAAAUUUCAAGCACAAAGGAGUCAAAAACUUUCCAUUGCUGAUUUUGUUUUUAUUUCCUUUAAUAUGCUUGGCUAGCAUUGUUGUUUUCUGUAAGCGAAUAUGAAAAGAUUCCUUUACCAAAAAGCCGACUAAUAAUAACUCCAAACCAGCAUUAAAUCUACAAGAAUAUGAAAUGAUUUCUACGUAAUUUGUGUGAAGGGCUAGGUCAAAAUGUCGUAGUAAAAAGCUAUCUUUCUUUAAGCUUACACGGCUGACAUGGUUUCAUAAAACGACGAUCCUCUCGUUAGUUUCAGUUAAAUCUCACUAAUUUCUAUUUCAUUCUUACCAAGAAAUUAAUUUUUCAAUUAAACCAUUUUUGCAAAAUUUAGAAAGAGUUGCUUAUACUGUGAAUUUUUAAAUGUGUUUACAUUUAAACUAAAUAUCAUUACAUAGAUUAUUUUUCGUCAUUCCAUUUGCCGUCAUAUUCUUUAACGGAACAGUUAUAGACGUAAAUAAAUGACUGCACCAUAUCCCUUGGCAAGGACUUCUCUAAAUCCGCACGUGUUGUUAAUAGACACCUUGCGUUAUAGAUUUCUUCACAUUCUCGAUUCUUUUUCCAUUCAAGCCUUUCUGCUAACUUAUUAGGACCAUGUAUGAUCCCAUUUUAAGAUUCAAAAGACAAUUCAAGAAAAAGAAUUUUGGGUGACAGGUUUGCCUAUUCGGAAACGUUUGGAAAGGACACUCAAAAUGGACCUUUCUAUCUGUCCAAAAGAUGUUUUGAGGAAGUAACUAUUUUCAUCCUUACGCCAUUCUGAGGCUGAUUUUGUCGCCUUAUUAAUUUUUCAAUUAUUAUAGAUUGCCCAUAAUUAGUCGUUUGUAAUUACGGUCUGUUUUCCUAAAAAUUGAGAAAAUAAUUGGUCAUCUGUUGGUUGCAAGGUAAAUCAAACACCCAUGCCAUAAGGUUCGAAAUGAAGAUGCAUUUGAGAAAUAUGUUUGCGUACUAGAGACAGUUAGCUGAUUCUGGCGCUAACAAUCCUUAAAAAGAAGUUAACUAUUGACAUCUUAAAGACCUUUGCAAAGGGAAUAGUAUAUACACAUUUCCGUUCAUAUUUGCCUUUAGCCAGAAAACUUUCUUUGCAUCCGUUGGGCCGCAAAUUGUUAUGUUCACAUUGGCAGCUGAAAAGGAAUCGUUAUUUUGAGUAAUGCUACUGGCCUGCUUCAAUAGCCUUUAAACUUUUGCAAUGCUAUGAGUUUUGUUUUGUGCAACUCACGAGAUUCCUGUUACAAAAUAUACAGAAAAAUACAGAUAAAUACAUAAAUUUACAUGUUAUGCAUGUUCAGCAUAUUUCUUGACUAUUCUAGCAAUCUAAGAGAUUUGUGUCCCGUUUCUGUUUGAUUUAUUCUCUUCGUUUAGGCCUUCGAGGAUUAUUUAUAACAUUUUUCUCUAAUGGAAUGAUAAUUUGGUGUUGUAAAAGCAAAUAGAAACUUAAAUAUGAAUCGAAGUUCUCAAAAUAAUAAGAAAGUUUAAUAAAGAUGCAAUCUAAAGCUUUUGUACCUAUGAUACUUUGUUAAAUUUGUCUACUUCUUUGAGUUGAAUGCCAGGAAUAUUGUUGGAGGUAGGUCGUCAUGCUUACCUAAUCGAAAAAGCUCAGUUCACACUUACACACAGGUGUGCCGUCCAAAAAUUGUCAAAUUCAUGCAUUUGGCAUCAAUGUUUAUAUGAAAAGAAGCUCUUUUUCAUCAGGAAUGUCAAGUAAACGAUGUGUUUUGUAUUUUAACUCUGUCUUUUUUAUACUUAUCUUGAGUGAUGUAUGCUGAAGAAGUGUCAAACGACCAUGACCGAUAAUAACAUGAAGCAAUUUUACACAAAGCGCUUUGAAAUAAAAGUAAAAUCAGAUUCAUUCUAGUUUAUCAGGGAUGGUUUCAGAUUCCAAAAAUACCUGAAACUGAAAUUGCAUGGUCCUUAUCAAAUGCGUUGGCUUUUUUGGAUAAAAAAUAAACUUUAGAUUAAGGAAAAUCUCUACAUGGGAUUCGCUUGAUCUUUUUCUUUAUCAGAGAUGUAGUAAAUUGGUGACCAAGUAAAUUUUCAUCCUCCUCUCCAAAGGGUUUUGGGCGUGGUCAAUUACAUAAUUUUAAGGUAAGGUAUAAGAUUAAGGGGGCGUGCUUUAAAGUUGCGUCACCUCAAAAAUAUCGAGCUAAUGCAGAUUAGACAUCGGUUUCUUUUCAAGGAGUGUAGGAUAGUUCUCUUGAAAGCUUCUACAACUUCAACUCAACCCAUCAUUUCAAGGUAUGAUGCCAGAUCUAUGAUAAUAGCGCAAAUCUAUGUUUCCUUUUUCGAUCGCUUCUAAACCUGACCGUUAAGAAGCGAUCGAAAAAGACUAACUCAAGUUUUUUUCAAGAAAACAAAAUCAAACGGGCAAACAUUGUUAGUUGUACAAUUUUCAGACAAACAUUUUACCAAAGAAUGAUGCGUAACCUGCUCAAAGGGGAAUCUGUAAAUGCAUCUCGUCAAAGCUAGACCACAUUUCUUUGCAAAUAUGCGUUUGCUUGUGCAGUUGCGGUUUUCGAGAAUUGACCUGCUGCAUAUGCGUCCACUAUGUCUGCCAUACCCGCUGCCAUAUGAUUUUGAAUUCAAUUUCUUGACAGAAAUUAUUUUGAAAUUUACCAACAGCGUAAUUAACGUAAUUUCUACUGAAAGGGUUUUUCUUUCACCUUAUUCAUUAUUCAUGCUAUUGUCUUUACGACGUUUUAUGACGUACUGUGGACUAUGAAAAAAAUAACAUCCUUGUAGAUCUUGCCAGGCGCUUUCAUCAUGUUUACCAGGAACAAAUCGGUGUCAACGGCAAGUAAGUCACAGAAAGUAAGGCCCGAAAAUUUUUACAAAGAAGUUCAGGAGAGUGCAUAGUCAAUUAUGACAGACAUGGGUGCAUCAGACGCAGCAUCGGUCAUCACUCACCCGUCCAAACCUCUGGGACAUUAUCAAACUGGAUUUCAUACCUUCCUAUUAUUUGUGGCAGUGUUUAUUGUACUGCAUAACGCACUUGUUUUGGUGUUGUAUCUUAGAAGAAAAACGUUGCGCAGUGUUACUAACUCGAUACUCGUGAGUACCGCUUGUGCCGAUCUUAUGACCGGUCUGCUGUUGAUUCCAUUAUUAGUUUGCUCAGCAGCUUUGUCUGGUCGUGGGCCUAUCUUAUAUCCACUGUACUUUACGUCGAACGUUAUUGCAGACUUUUUAACAAUAGCAAUAGUUGGCAAUUUGCUUCUUGUCAUCACUGAGCGUUAUGUUUCCUUAUGUCAUCCAUAUAGAUAUCCGCUCUUAGCUCGACGAUCAAUAGUCAAGACGGCCGUUUGCAGUCUGUGGCUUCUUUCCUUCGUAAUUGCAGUCGUUCCUUUGAUCUGGAGCUACGAAGCUGUCGCAGGCAAACGGCCUAGCAAAAGUCAGCCGUCCCAGAUAUACUCAGUUAUUCUCCUCGUAACAGUAUUUUUCCUCCCUUCAGGUAUCAUACUUUUUUUCUUGGCUUCAAUGUAUAAAGUCGUAAAGAGGUUUGCGAGUCAAGACGUUGUCAGAGGAUUGCGUUCAAAAGAACCGACAGGCUCGCAAAAGAAGGCAAUAAUUGUAUUCCUGGCCAUGUUUAUCAACCUGCUUAUUUGUUGGUCGCCAAUGAUUAUUGUGAGACUCAUUAUGGAUACCAAUCUUCAAUUUUCACCCGGCAAAGUGCUGCUGGAGAUUCUUUUCACUCUGAGGUGUUCAUCGUCUUUAGUAAAUCCUGUAAUAUACGUUUGGUGUAAAGAAGAUUUUAAGCUUGCAAUCAAAGCAACAUUCUUUAAUAUAAGCAGCAAGGCAUUCAGAGAUACAGCCCAAGACAGUCACAAGAGCGUAAAUGCUUUGAAUCUGAUGGAGGAAGCCAAGCUUUGAGCUGUUGUAGCAAGCUACAUUCAAACAAUCUGCAUAAAUUUCAGCAUCACAGCAAUAUUUUCGAACAAUAUUGCUUUUGUACCUUCCUUUGUACUGUUUUGUACAUUUGUACUUUCAUAUGCCAGUGCAAGGACCUGUGUAUAUAUCAACUGUUUUGAGCAGGCAUCUUGAUUGUAAAAGAACAGGGACAUAGCUGCGUGCACCUUUACUUAAUUAGAAAGGAUGUCGCAACCUGGAGCAGCAUGGAGCAUAUUUCUUACCUUUUCAUGUCGGAUUCAUGUCGGUUUCAUGUCGGAUUCAUGUCUGAUUAAGUGAAAUGCUACGAAAGUGUCGCUUCGCAUUGUCUCAACCAAAAUCUAGUCCUGUAUUCGACUCGACAGUGUAACUAAGAUUGUUGUUAUUGAUUGAAUUGCUACAAGUCUUCUUUCAGAGUUUUUUAAAGGACCAGUGCUGCAUUUCCGAACGUCACCGUGAACUUUGCUGUCAAAAUGCAUCGCUUGAUGUGUGGUCACAUGGAAAGGAGCGGGGCUGGUGCUCCCCAAUCAUUCGCCUGUGGCGAUUUUUUGCAUUUUCCAUUUGAACCAGAACCCAUUUCAUAGAAGUGCUCUUCUAGGAGAUUUUUUAUUUAAAGGGCUCGGAGAUCCUCUUUUUAUGCAGUUAGAAACAAUUUUGUUAGACAGCCAACUUUUCUCAGAUCAACAUUACCAUUUUCAGCUUCACCAAAAACAAUUGAUCGGUAAAGAGAGAGUUCUAUUCCACUCCAUCAUUUGAAGUUGGAAUUUCGUGCAUUUUCUUAAGGAUGAAGUGGAAGUGGAAACAUUUUGUCAAUUUAUUGCUUGGUUUUCACAAAGCAAACGCAUGUUUGUUAAGUGAGUUCAAAAAUUGUGAAAAUUGGAGAUAGAUAUGCAUGAUGAUGAUUGAACCAGACUUUUAUUCUUAACUUGCUCUUUAAUUUUAGCACAUUCUAGCCUCAAAAUUCUUAUAAAAUUGUGUACUACUUUAGAAAUUGUUCAACAUGGAACGAAUUCGUCAAGCUGCUUAAGUUUUUGUUUUAGUAUCAACUUGGUUUUGUUUUGCUUGUGAGAAUUAAUGGGUAUUUUGUUUACGUUUUGUUCAAAUGGCUGCCACAGUUGUUUUGUUGUCAUAAUUGAGAUAUUCUUAGCACAUUGCAUAUACGUUUUAAUCCUAGAUUACAAGUUCUGCUACUUAGGAUGAAGUAAAGCGCAAUUCAAUUUGUAAGCAGCUUGGAUUUAUAUUAGCGCUCAAAUUCAAAUCAGCUGGUCACAAGUUUUAUCAUGCAAAUCGUAGUCUAUCAUUGAAGAUUGUUUAAAAUCUUCUAUUUCUGUAUUUAGUAAAUUAUAUAGGUACGAGCUUCAUUCAUUUAUAUGAAUUCUUACAGCAAAUUUUCUGUAACUCUUCAUUAUUUCUUUCGUUCUUUAACAAUAUUUUGCCAGGUGACAAAGAUUACAGAAGCAAUGUGAAUAAGCAUUAAAAUAUCUUUUAUCCAGUUAUUCAUUAGUAGUAAGAUGAAAAAGGACUUUCGUUCCAUUUAAUUCCGUGUAGCACUGCUUUGGUCAAAAGGCAGGGAAAGGUGAAUAUGCUAGAAGCAGAAUAGAGAAAAAGUUAACCGGAAAAUUGCUGUAACGGUAUCUAUUUUCAUUUAAACGUGUGUAUUUGCUUUCAUCAACAAAAUAAAUUACUUUAAAGGGUAUAUGUCGUGAACAUGAUUGGCUAAUGCAAUACAAUUAUCUUUCUUUUUGUUCAGUACAAAGCAUGGAAUCAAGAGUGAAUUUUUACGGCAGUAAAAAUUAAUUAAGAUGAAAUGAAAAGUCACGAAACGAUUUACACUCCAAACGCAUUUGUUUUAUUAGCCAACUGCUAAUGCGACAUAUGCCCGUUAAAGUGUAUUUGGUAUCAUGGUUGGCAUUUAUCUAAUUUUUUGUUGCCCUUAUUACAAGUCACUAUAAACUUUAUGUUGUACACAAUGAAGCUAGAAUGAAAUAUUACCCAUGAAUUUAAUCACAUUUCCAAGAAUUUCAAUAUUUUGAUUAUUUAGUUUAAAGGAGAACUGACACGCAAAAACAACUUUGGCUUAUUCUAUGAAGAAUUUGUCGCUGACUUCCAAUCUAAUGAAAUUUCUCUUCUUAGAUUCGCCGUUUUUCUGUUAUUUGCACUUUUAUCCGUCAAUUACGCCACAGCCGGGCCUGUUCGCACUAUGUUUGGACAUAAGUUUGUCUAAGUUGAUGAUCUCUCGGUAAUUAAAGGAACAUUUUCAAAUCUGACAAACUUUGUAAGAUUUUCGCUCGCACUGACAACUACAGUGUAUUGAAUAGGAUAACAUCGCACUGUCAUUAGUGACAUUUGAUGGACGACAGUCUACAAGCCCUUACAUUUGGACGAGGAGCGCUGGCACUUUUUUCUGUCCCAAAUGCAGUUUCAGUUAUAAAUCAGCAACAAAGCAAUCUUAUUAUUGCUUUACUGUCGUACAACCAGUCACAAAACACGCUAGUUUAUCGACGACGCAAAAGUAAAAAAUCAAACAGGUCCCAAGUGUUUUGGAGUUUCCCUCGGCCUGAAGCAUCCUGGUUGAAGCAAACUUUAUACGAUGAACGAAUAUCUGAUUUAGAGUUCAAGAAAAGCUUGAUGAUUAAAGGGAACACAUUUUGGAGCAUUCUAAACAUUAUGCCAGAAUUAUUAGUUUUAUUCUAGAAAAGAGGCGAUUGGUUUGCUCGGUUUUGGUUCAUCUUUUCUUGAAUAUUGAGUACACAAGCACAGAAUCGCCAGUCUGACAGACAUGAUGGCAUAUCUUUCCCGUUUCAUGCUGGUUAAUCCUUGUUUUCAUAGGCCCUAUUCGCACUGCAUCUAGAAACCUGACAAUGCUAAUCUCUUAAUGUUCUAUCUUCAAAAGCGGCAAGGGUUUUUCAGGAAGUAGCUUAAUUGGUAGAGUGCGAACAGCAAAAUCUGAAAUCUGACAAAUUGCAACCUUUCGACUAAUUGGUCAAAGAUUCCGUUGUAGAGCUCUGGAGCAUCACAAUCUCUUGAAAAUCUAUUAUAACUAGGGGGUAACUCGACGGAGAUGCCAGAAUUAUGUUAUCACCAAUAAAAAAGCCAUGGGUGCUAUUUGAAAUCAUAUCACGAUUUAAAAAGGUACAAUUUCUUAAUGGCAACCUGAUAACGUGUUAGAUAACAAUAUAACAUCUCAGAAAACUGCCUAAUGCAAACAAGAAGUCUGACAAACUUUGUUAAUCAUGAAAAAGUUUUUUUAAUUGGUGUGAGAGUAUCAGGUUUGGCAAACAUUAUCAUAUUUUCAGUGCGAAUAUGGCCAUAAAAAAGUGCUGUCCGGGGCUCUACGACGGAAGCUUUGAGGGAUUAGUGAAAAUCGGAUCGUCUGGUGAAAAACAGAUUUUACCGUUCGCACUGUACCAAUUAUACAGUUUCCUGAAAAUCUUAUGCCGCCUUUGAAGAUGAAACAAUAGGGACUCACUUUGUGAGGUUUGGACGCUGAAGUGCGAACUAUCGCCAGGAGUUGUUAAAAUUAUCGGUUGACGUCACAAGUAACAUGUUAACAAUGUCGUUGUAUAGGCUUUCACCGCAACUGUGAAAGUACAAGUGAAA